AAUUCAACUGCCCCAAUUUGCUUUAGCGUUUGUGUGUUUCGCAUCAGAGAAUCUCUCAGUUUUUGUCUUCUCUCUCAAUUUAGGUCAUCAGAUCUCACAAUCAAUCGACUUGAACCCUAAUCAUGACUCUUGGCUCAGGAGGAUCGAGUGUUGUCGUUCCGAGGAAUUUCAGGUUGCUGGAGGAGCUUGAACGUGGAGAGAAAGGUAUUGGAGAUGGAACUGUGAGCUAUGGAAUGGAUGAUGGAGAUGACAUUUAUAUGCGCUCUUGGACUGGCACUAUCAUCGGUCCUCACAACGUAACUGUACAUGAGGGUCGAAUUUAUCAGUUGAAGCUCUUCUGUGACAAAGAUUACCCAGAGAAACCCCCAACUGUUCGGUUCCAUUCUCGCAUCAACAUGACUUGUGUCAACCAUGAAACCGGCGUGGUGGAUCCGAAGAAGUUUGGGGUUCUUGCAAACUGGCAAAGGCAGUACACAAUGGAGGACAUACUGACUCAAUUGAAGAAGGAGAUGACUGCAUCGCAUAACCGGAAGCUUGUUCAACCUCCCGAAGCAACCUUCUUUUAAUACUCUUAAAGCCUUUUACCUUUGAGGGGCUUCUCCAUUGUUGUUGAUCUUCAAGCUUUUUCUUUCGUACCUAAAAGUAAAAACAAUGGUGUCUGUGGAUGAAUGAUGAUGUUCGAUUGAUCAUCUGGAGUUUAAAUCCUUGUGUGCAAAUAUAUCUAGACAACGUUGUCUCAUGA